AUGAAAAUGGCGAGGGCCCUGCUUGUCGCCCUUCUUCUUGUCUCGUGCUUUGUGGCGCUUGGCCUGUCCGGCCGCGCCGAUGCGGCGGCCGAGAGGAAGACCGUCGGUGUCUACGAGCUCAACAAGGGGGAUUUCUCCAUCAAGGUCACCAACUGGGGUGCCACCCUCAUGUCCGUGAUUCUCCCCGACUCGAGAGGAAACUUUGGGGAUGUGAUCCUGGGCUACGAUACGGUUGCUGAAUACAUGAAUGGCACCGCCUACUUCGGAGGGUUGAUCGGCCGCGUCGCCAACAGGAUCGCCAACGCCCGGUUCACGCUGGACGGGAAGGCCUACCGCCUGGUUCCUAAUGAUGGCAAUAACACGCUGCACGGUGGUUACCGGGGAUUCAACAAGGUCAUAUGGACGGUAGAGCAGCACGUCGCCGGCAGCGGCUCCCCCUUCAUCACUUUCUACUACCAUAGCUUCGACGGAGAGCAAGGGUUUCCAGGCGACGUGGACGUGCACGUGACGUACCAACUCUCGAGCCCGCACGUGUUGAGCGUGCGCAUGAACGCGACGGCAUGGGGCAAGGCCACCCCGGUGAACCUGGCGCACCAUGCCUACUGGAACCUCGGCGGCCACGGUAGCGGCAGCGUCCUCGGCGAGGAGGUCCGCCUCUUCGCGUCCCGAUACACGCCCGUGGACGCCGCGCUCAUCCCGACGGGCCGCCUGGCGCCCGUGGCCGGCACGCCGUACGACUUUCGCACGCCGGCCGCCGUGGGCUCGCGCAUCGGCGGCCUACUCAGCCGCGGCGUCAAUGGGUACGACAUCAACUAUGUUGUGGACGGCGGAGGCCUGCGCCCGGUGGCGGUCGUCCGAGACGGCGCGUCCGGCAGGGUGAUGGAGCUGUGGGCGGACCAGCCCGGGCUGCAGUUCUACACGGCCAACGGGCUCAGCGGGGUGAGGGGGAAGGGUGGCAAGGUCUACGGCCACUACGGCGCGCUCUGCCUGGAGACACAGGGGUUCCCCGACGCCGUGAACCGCCCGAGCUUCCCGUCGCAGAUCGUCCGGCCGGGGAAGGUGUACAGGCAUGACAUGGUGUUCAAGUUCUCCUUCUAG